UUUACCUGUUCAACUUUCCCCAAAAUAAGUAUUAUUUCAUUCAUCUCUCUUUCUUUGUUUCCUAAAUCAAACAUCAUCCCAAUCCGAUCUCACAUAAACCCUGAUCACAUUAAAUCAUCAUCUCUUCUUCCAAAUUUGACCCUCCAUAACAAUCAAUGGGUUUGAAAGGAUUUGUUGAAGGUGGUAUUGCAUCAAUAGUGGCAGGAUGUUCAACCCACCCCCUUGAUCUCAUCAAGGUCCGGAUGCAGCUGCAGGGCGAAAACGCCCAUGUACACGCUGCACCCGCCCAGCUGGGUGCCCAGAUCCCCGUCUCCGGGCCUCCACGGCGCGUGGGGCCCGUAGCCGUGGGGAUGCGGAUCAUCCAGCAGGAUGGAGCCGCAGCGCUCUUCUCUGGUGUAUCCGCCACCGUUCUCCGCCAAACACUUUAUUCGACCACCCGCAUGGGCCUUUACGAUAUUAUGAAGACGAAAUGGACGGACCCCGAAACCGGAACCAUGCGACUGUGGAAGAAGAUCGGGGCCGGAUUGAUCGCGGGUGGGAUCGGUGCGGCUGUUGGGAACCCGGCCGACAUGGCCAUGGUUCGCAUGCAGGCAGAUGGCCGGCUUCCGGCUUUACAGCGUCGGAAUUAUAAAAGUGUGGUGGACGCUAUAUCGCAAAUGGCAAAAAACGAAGGUGUUGGUAGCCUGUGGCGCGGUUCAUCGCUUACUGUGAACCGCGCCAUGUUGGUUACCGCGUCACAGUUGGCAUCAUAUGAUCAGUUCAAGGAGAUAAUAUUAGAAAAAGGUGUGAUGGAGGAUGGGCUUGGGACCCACGUGACUGCAAGUUUUGCUGCAGGGUUCGUGGCUUCGGUAGUCACGAACCCUGUUGAUGUCAUCAAGACUCGUGUGAUGAAUAUGAAGGUGGAGCCUGGAAAGGCCCCACCUUACGCAGGCGCAACUGAUUGCGCGCUGCAAACCAUUAGGACGGAAGGUGUAAUGGCGCUUUACAAAGGGUUUAUUCCUACGAUAUCCAGACAAGGUCCAUUUACUAUCGUGCUAUUUGUCACAUUGGAACAGGUUCGAAGAUUGCUUAAAGAUUUCUGAAAGAAUUAAUGGAUGAUGAGGUCAUUUGGUUUUGGUAAUGGCCACUAUAAAGGUUGCCAUGCUUUAUUGCUUUCUCUAUAUUGAACUUUAUGAUAUUUAGGAAAAUGAAUAGUUAUUGUCAUGUAUUUUAACAUAAUAUAAUAAUAAAGGCAAUAAUUUGUUUGGAGCA